UUUUUAAAUUCCAGUUGGCUAUUGUGGCGACAGGCCAUAAAAAGAAAUAUUAUCUACUUUUAUUCCUUUUUCCACACAUUUGUUUAGCAUUUUGAUUGGCUGUAGUUUGGAAUUUCGUGCAAGCAGAGCCAAUCAAAUUUCUUGACAUAAGCCUGGCAUUCUUAUGUAGCCUGACUGCCGGCGACUUAUGGUCACACCUUUAUAAUGAUUUGCCUGUCUGCGUCAUCCACAGUGAAGAAGGAGUUAGAACCCUAAUGUUGAAAGCGUUUCAUGUCUAACCUGUCUUGUGCAUCUAACUACAGCAGAAGUAAAUUUUAUCACCUCGUACAUUUUUUGCAGUCACUGAAUUGUUACAGAAUUCUAAAGUUUACACAGCGGAGGAAAAUUCACGAUUUUAAAUUUGAAAACUUUUGUAAUGGUAAGUGUAUUUGUUAAUAAUUUGCGACUAAAAUAAUAAACAGUUUAGAUUUACCAAAAUAAACAUUUAUUUGUUGUGUUCAAGAAAACUGAAGAAUAAAUUUAGAAAAAUGGGAAAAGUCGCGGAAAAACUUCGGACUUAUAGAAAGGACUGGGAAUCCAUGCCUUGGGCAAAAGGCUGGUUAACCAAAGCAGACGAAAAAUUUUACAAUGAAGCUUACUGCAAAAUAUGCGAAAAAGAUUUGAGAGCGCAUCGAGCGGACUUGGAAAAACAUACGAAAUCAGUAACUCAUGUCCGUAAAAUGGCGAGCAUUACAGAAGGAAAACAGAGUAAACUGUCAUCGACAGUCCAGGUCACCUUCAGUGAAUUCGACAAAGUUAGAGAUUUGAAAAUUUCUGCGUUCAUAGCAACUCACACUUCGAUAAAUAGUGUUGAUCACCUUUGCGAUCUCUUGGUGCAUUUAGGCAAAAAUACAUUGUUUGAUAAUUUUAAAAUGCAUCGGACCAAGUGCGGUAACUUGAUAAAAAAUGUAAUUUCACCUUGCAUGCUGAUAGAUUUAAUUGACGAUAUUGGCGACAAGUCAUUUUCACUGAUUGUAGAUGAGUCAACCGAUGUGUCCACAUUUAAAUAUUUAUGUUUAUGCGUGAAAUAUUUCAGUGAAAAAAUAGGCAGGAUCAUCACAGAUUAUUUAGGAAUUAUUGUUUUAGAAAGAGCAACUGCUGAUGCAUUGUACAACGCUGUAGUAGAUUACUGCGAUGAUAUAAAAUUAAAAUUAGAAAACCUGGUCGGUAUUGGCACAGAUGGCGGUUCAAACCUUUGCGGCAAAAAUCAUUCGUUGUAUGCGUUAUUGAAAAAAAAAUAUAAUAGAGUGCAACUGCUGAAAUGCAUUAAUCAUGCAAUUGACAACGUAGCCUCGAAAUCAGCCACCGAAUUUCCAGCUAACAUUGAUUUUUUGUGUAGAGAAGUUUACAAAUGGUUUUCUCAUUCUUCUCUUCGUAAAAUCGAAUAUCGAAGAACGUAUGAACUCUAGAAUACGAAUUUUGAUGAAAAUGGCAAACCAAAUCCUUUUCACGAGUUUGUGAAAUUAUCAGACACUCGGUGGUUGGUUCAAUAUUUUGUUGUCAACAACCUUCUCGAGCACUGGUUUGAACUGCAGACAUAUUUUCGCACAGUCGUUGAAAAAGAAAAGUGUUACACUGCUCGCUUGCUUGCCCAAAUGUUGCACGAUGAUUUAAAUUUCCUGUAUUUAGUUUUUCUAAGGCCUAUUUUGUAUGAAGUGAAUCGUUUGAACAAGAUUUUUCAAGCUGACAAUGUCGAUUUGGGACGUGCUGUCGAAGAUCUCCAUGCGUUAGUCUUAUUCAUAGCGAGAAAAAUUGUAAAACCGACAUUUCUAAAUCGCGAAAUCAAAGAUUUACUUGCUGUUCAUGAUAACGAGUUAGCAUUUUUGAAUCGCGAUCAAGUAGAUUUUGGAAUUGAAUAUUAUCAAGGUUUAGGGAGGUGCACCAUUUCAAUUGAGCAAAAAAUUGACCUGGAAAAUCGAGCAUUAACAUUUCUAAAACGUUUAUUUCACGAAAUGGGAGAGCGAUUACCCGAAAAUUUACAACUUUUUGAAGGUCUUAAAGCUUUUUCACCAAAUGUUUGUUUGAGUCAAACUCGACCGCGAUUUAAAGAUCUACCAUUAAUAGAUACAUUCAUUGACAAAAACAAACUCGGCCUCGUGGAAAAUCAGUGGAACAAGCUUGUAACUAUUCAAUGGAGCAAUCAUUUGGAUAAAUCACUUUUGACGAAAGCUCAAACAUUUUGGCCAAAAGUUUAUUCUUUUGAAGAUGCCGCUGGCACAUCCAUUUUUCGAGAUCUAGCUUCGUAUGCUCUGACAUUAUUGUCGCUUCCAUCUACCAAUGCUGUAGUUGAAAGAGUAUUUUUGGUGAUGAAUUCAGUAAAAAGUAAGUUGAGAAAUAAAAUGGGUGUUCCAAUGUUAGAUUCUUUACUACGUGUUAGAUGUAGAUUUCACGCCACGAAGACUUGUUGCUCUGAAUUUUCGCCUACUAAGAAAAUGCUUGAGAAAUUUAAUUAUAAAGUGGUCUAUGCUGUCAAAAAUAAUAACGAUGAAGGGCCCAUCAAUAACGAAAUCUUCGAAUUGCUCGAUGAAAUUGAGCAUGCAACCAUCUCGAUUCCCGAAUUUUAAUUUUUAGAAAGAUCGUACCUAGAUAAUAUGUAUAUAAGUAUACAUCUAGUCCAAAAAUGUUUUAUUGGAUGUUAAGCUCUGUUUUGUACAGAAAAAAAUAUUACGAAACGUUUUUAAAAUAUAUAAUAAC